AUGCGUGGCCUAGCUGCUGAGAAGAAAGCAGCUACCUCCACCGAGCUUCAAGCCCUCCAAGAGAAAUUCGGUGAGGGUAUUAAGUCCAACAAUGAGCUCACCCUUCAAUUAGCUGAGGUGGAGAAUAUGGCAGCGGAUGACAUGGCUAAGGCUAAGACCUUGCUCGCCGAGUCUCGCACCUCUGUGCAUCAGCUGCGGCAGUCCAAUGAUGACCUAAAGUUGGACCUUCUACGCUCCACCGAGAAGAAUAAGGAUCUAACCUCUGUUAGGUGCCCUAACCUGCAAUGGAUGUUUGGACCAGAGAGAAUCAAGGCGUACGUUUGCCUCAGCGUCCCUUUCAAGCCCAAAAACCAAAAAGUCAGGCCCGUUGAUGCCAUGCGUGCCCUCUAUGAGGAUGCUUACUACAUCUUCAUAUUCCAGAUCACACUACCUAACUACCAUAAACCUCUGCUUAUAGGAAACUGGGUAAAGGCUCAGGAAUGGGCUGCAGUUCCUGGUAGCCAAGCCACCUACCUUGGCAACCCAGUUCCACGGGGCACACUACCCACCAUUAUGGUCAUUGAAUUGCUUGCUAUUUCCUUUGUGGAGCAGCAAAGGAGCAUGGAGAAAGACCCAGAGAAGAAGAAAUACCCUGGUGGUGCUUUUGAUCCUUUGGGAUACUCCAAGGUCGCUAAAGCAUUCCAGAACUUGAAAGGAUCUGAGGAGAAAGGAAAAUAUAGCUUUGGUUAAAAUGUACAAAUUUGAAAUGAAAUUUGCACUGUAGGGACGAGUAGAACGACCGUGGGACGCUUCAAAACUCGAAACUGGGGAAUGCUCAUCUUCUAAACGUCAUAAGGUACCACAUUUUAGUGUUUAUGAUUUGUAGUUGGAUCAAAUUAUUAGAAAAAAAAACUUAUACUGUUUUAACAUUAUUUUAGAGUUUAUAAC